CCCUCCAGUGUCGUUGUAAAAUGUAACAUUACUUCUUUUCUUUAUUCAAUUAUCCUCGAGUUUGCGUGCAUAAAUUGCAUUUUUCCAGUUUGCGUAUGACUCCAACAUCUUUUGGAGUUAGUUCCUCUGGUAAAGCAACACCACUUUUGUGACACUGACUACACCCAACAGAAGAAGGGCCAGCGGCACAGUGCUCAGGGGCACCGACCAGUGAGGGGGCACCACAAGACACAAACUUGUCAAAUAUUCUUUACAAAAGGGGCCACCAGUGUGGUAUAUUGCCCGGGGGUCACCACCAGGGCACCACAUUGGCUUCAAUACGAACCUGACCAGCAGCCAUGUGGCCCCAGGCCUGUGCCGGCCACGCACAGCGUCUCGUCUCCAUGCUGCGACAACAGAGGGAGCAGGGCCAGUUCUGUGACGUCGUGCUCAGUGUCAGCACAGGAGAGGAGUACCUGGCCCAUCGCAACGUCCUCGCAUGUUUUAGCCAACUGAUCCAAGACACAGCUACUACAACCUCAUCCACGAGCAGCACAACAUCUCCGAGCAUGAAGGUCGACCUGCCUCAGGAAUGCCCCUCAGAUGGCCUGGAGCUCCUUCUAGACUUCUUCUACAGUGGAGAACUGAAGAAGCUGGAGAGCGUCAGCUGGAAACGGGUGCACGACGCCGCGAGUGCUCUGUGGGUGUCGAACGCGCUCGUCCCUCCAGAGCCCCCCUCCUCACCACCAAGGACCUCUGUGACCUCUGAAACAGAGAUGGCUGAUUUGACAAUCGUUGAAGGCAAUCAUGACAGCAACAACGAGUCAGCCAUCGACAAUAAACUAGACGGACUAGAUAAAGUAGAGCCUGUCUUCGUUCCACAGAGGAGUAGAGGUCGACAGAAAGCCGCUAGACAUGAGAACUCUAAUAGUAGCGCCGCAGAGAGUCCAGCUAGCGUCACAGUGACUACCACUAGAUCUGGACGCAGAGUGAAGGAGCCGAGGUGGCUGGUGGGACAGAACGAAGCAGCAGUGAGUUCCCCAACCGGCCUGUCAAGACAAAGACAAAGUACGCCAGCUUCUAAAGAAGAGGCCGAUGGGAAAACAGGGAAAAAGCAAACUCUGGAUGGAAAUGAUGAAAACGCUCAGACGAGUCCAGCUGGAAAAGACACUGAUCUGCAAGAGGAUGACACACUCGACAACGACGAUGUCAAUGAUGCCAACGAUGACGAUGACAACGAUGAUGACAAUGAUUUUGUGGACGCUCUGAGUGAGAAUUUGGAUGAAGAGUACACCCCUAGUAGCUCUCACUCGGCCGCGUCGACAUCAGCAGGCCAGAGAAGCAAGCGCAGGUGCCAAGCGAAGCCAGUUGGCAGUAAAGAGAGAGGAGACGAUGCCACCAAGGAGGGCAGGAAGGGCUCUGUGCAGUGCCCCACGUGUCACAAGACCUUCCUCAGUAAAUACUACCUGAAGGUUCACAACAGGAGGCAUACGGGAGAGAAGCCAUUUAAAUGUGAGAAGUGUGAAAAAUGCUACUACAGGAAGGAGAACCUACUGGAACACCAGAGACGGAACUGUCAGAGCAGAACCGAAAUGGUAUUCUCCUGCUCUAGGUGCUCCAAGACGUUCCCUCGUCGGCAGGAGCUUCGUAUUCACAUGGUGUCACACACUGGAGAGAUGCCAAAUAAGUGCACCUCGUGCCCUGAACAGUUUAUGCAAAAGAAGGACCUGAGGAUCCAUAUGAUUAAAGUCCACGGGGCUCCCAAACCACACGCGUGUUCAAUGUGCACCAAGUGCUUCUUCUCACGCACGGAGCUGAAGCUCCACGAGGCCUCCAAGCACAGGGGAGAGAAGCUGUUCGUGUGUGAGGAGUGUGGUCACCGCGCCUCCAGUAGAAAUGGCCUACAGAUGCACAUCAAGGCAAUACACAGGAAUGAGCGGCCCUUCGUGUGUGAGUUCUGCAACCACGCCUUCACCCAGAAGGCCAACCUCAACAUGCACCUGCGCACACACACAGGGGAGAAACCCUUCCAGUGUCACCUGUGUGGAAAAACCUUCCGCACACAAGCCAGUCUGGACAAGCACAAUCGCACCCACACGGGGGAGCGUCCGUACGCCUGUGAGUUCUGCCAGCAGCGCUUCACCGAGAAGGGCCCCCUCCUGCGACACAUCGCCAGCAAACACCAGGAGGGACGACCCCACUACUGCCAGAUCUGCAGCAAGACCUUUAAAGCUGUGGAACAGCUCCGUGUCCACGUGCGGCGCCACAAGGGGAUGAGGAAGUUCGAGUGUAGCGAAUGUGGCUACAAGUUCACCAGACAGGCUCACCUGCGGCGCCAUGCUCAGAUCCACAACCGUGUGGAGAACUACAACCCUCGCCAACGGCGGCUCCGAAACCUCAUCGUCGACGGCAAUGCAGACAAGGGAGCCAGCUCGUCAUCAUCAAGCCCUCCACCUCCUCCAGCCAAUCAGGAAGCUGCUGCCAUGGAGACGCAGAGCGAUGUCAUCCGUGUCAUGAUCCAAUCAGGGCCGAUCAUUGUUGGGGAGGUGGGGCCGGGUCAAAGCGAGGGUGAGCCCGGUAGUGGGGAGGGCCAGACUGCUGUGUUCCCUGUAGCCUCAGCAUCCGGCUCCGGUACAGAUGCGGUCCAGACCACAUUCACAGUGUUGCCCACGCCAGGCGAACCACCACCAGCCACCAGCAAUGGGGACACUACAGAGUUCAGCGUGGUGACUGUGCUGGAUCCCAUUCCCAACAUACUAGUGACGACGGAUGCGUUUACUAUACACAAGCCCGAAUCAGAAGACUAG